CAGGACCAGGACUAGGCACGAGUGCGCAGGGAGGGGGAGCUGGAAAGCGCGGCCGGGAAAGCAUCCCACUGUCAGAGGAUGUGCAAAAUCGUUUUCCUCCUUCGGGAGUGAUGUUGACACGCGACAUGUUAGCGGCUGCUGGGGCCAGCUCGCCACUGUUUUCGUGUUAACGUCCUGCUCUUCAACGCGAAGGUCCAAGGCGGAGAAAGUGUCACCUUUCCCUCCUCCAGGUCAGCGCAAAGGCCACCAGCAUGCCCGUCCACGAACCUGACAGCAUCCUGAGCUACCAGCGGCCGGAUGAGGAGGUGGUGAUAGACCAGGGUGGGACCAGCUCAGUGCUGAACAUUCACUAUGAGAAGGAAGAACUCGAAGGCCACAGGACUCUCUUUGUGGGUGUUCGGAUGCCCCGGCAGAGCCAUCGACACCACAAGGCUCACGGCUCUCGGCAUCGUAAGAAAGACAAGAGGACAGGGAGCAUUACAGUACAACAAAGCGUUGGAAAUGAGAAGAAGCCCUGUCAUGACACGCCAUCGCAGCGUGUCCAGUUCAUUCUGGGAACUGAGGAAGAUGCUGAGCAUGUGGCCCACGAGUUGUUCACUGAGCUGGAUGAGAUCUGUGUGAAAGAUGGCAAAGAUGCGGAGUGGAAGGAAACUGCCAGGUGGCUGAAGUUUGAGGAAGAUGUGGAGGAUGGCGGCGAGAGAUGGAGUAAGCCAUACGUGGCUACACUCUCUCUCCACAGUCUCUUUGAGUUGAGGAGUUGCAUCAUCAAUGGCAGCGUGUUGCUCGACAUGCACGCUGACUGCAUUGAGGAGAUUGCAGACAUGGUCCUGGAUCAUCAGGAGGCGUCUCAUGAACUGGACGACAGUGUGAGGGUUAAAGUGCGGGAGGCCUUGCUAAAGAGGCACCACCACCAGAAUGAGAAGAAGAAGAACCUCAUGCCCAUCGUGCGCUCCAUCGCAGAGGGGACUCGCAAACAGUCUGAGCCCCAUCUGACAGCGGGGUCAGCCACAUCUCCCCAGCCUGCACCCCCUGCAGAGCCAGCUAAAAACGGCGCAGGACAGGACGGGCAUCAAGUUGACCUCAGCAAGGUGGACCUUCACUUCAUGAAGAAGAUCCCAGAGGGAGCAGAGGCCUCCAAUGUGCUGGUCGGAGAGCUGGACUUCUUGGAGAGGCCCAUUGUGGCCUUUGUUCGCCUCUCCCCCGCUGUGCUGCUCACUGGCCUCACUGAGGUCCCGAUACCUACCAGGUUCCUCUUCAUUCUCCUGGGCCCAGAUGGAAAAGCUCAGCAAUACCAUGAGAUCGGGCGCUCUAUGGCAACCAUUAUGACGGAUGAGAUCUUCCAUGGUGUAGCUUACAAGGCAAAGGACAGAAGUGACCUACUGGCUGGUAUAGAUGAGUUCCUGGACCAGGUGACUGUCCUGCCACCAGGGGAAUGGGACCCUUCGAUCCGCAUUGAGCCACCCAAAAAUGUCCCAUCUCAGGAGAAGAGGAAGAUGCCUGGUGUCCCUAAUGGCACAGCCUACCAAGUAGAGGAAGAGCUACAUGCGGAGCACCAUGGACCAGAGCUGCAGAGAACCGGAAGGUUGUUUGGUGGUCUGAUAAUGGACAUCAAAAGGAAGGCUCCCUUCUAUCUGGGUGAUUAUAAAGAUGGUCUGAGCCUGCAGUGUGUGGCCUCAUUCCUCUUUCUCUACUGUGCCUGCAUGUCUCCUGUCAUCACCUUUGGAGGGCUGCUUGGAGAGGCAACAGAGGGACGCAUUAGUGCCAUAGAGUCCUUACUCGGUGCAUCCAUGACUGGAGUAGCCUACUCACUGUUUGCUGGCCAGCCUCUCACGAUUUUGGGUAGCACAGGACCUGUGUUGGUGUUUGAGAAAAUCCUCUUCAAAUUUUGCAAGGACUACAGCCUCUCCUACCUGUCACUAAGGGCCUGCAUUGGCCUGUGGACGGCACUGUUGUGUCUGUUGCUUGUUGCCACAGACGCCAGCUCUCUAGUGUGCUACAUUACUCGCUUCACAGAGGAGGCCUUCGCUGCCCUCAUCUGCAUUAUCUUCAUCUAUGAGGCCUUGGAGAAGCUCUGCCACCUGGGAGAAAUCUACCCCUUCAACGCACACAGCGAUCUGGACAAGCUGACACUGGCAUACUGCCGGUGUACAGAGCCUGAUAGUCCAAGCAAUAAAACUUUAGAGCUGUGGAGCGAGCGAAACAUCACAGCUGCUUCUGUUCCUUGGGCCAAUCUCACUGUCAAGGAAUGUGUGAGUCUCCAGGGACACUUUGUUGGGACGUCAUGUGGCCAUCAUGGCCCCUAUACCCCAGAUGUCCUCUUCUGGUCCGUCAUCUUGUUCUUUUCCACUUUCUUCAUGUCAGCGUUCCUCAAACAGUUCAAAACGAGUCGUUACUUCCCCACCAAGGUGCGGUCCAUGAUCAGUGACUUUGCCGUCUUCCUCACCAUUGUCUUCAUGGUAUUGCUCGACUACAUCAUAGGAGUACCCACCCAGAAGUUAAAAGUGCCCAGCAAAUUCCAGCCCACCAGAGAUGACAGAGGGUGGUUGAUCAACCCAAUAGGACGCAACCCCUGGUGGACGGUCCUGGCGGCCUCUAUCCCUGCUCUGCUCUGCACCAUCCUCAUCUUCAUGGACCAACAGAUAACUGCCGUCAUCAUCAACCGGAAAGAGCACAAACUGCUGAAAGGUUGCGGGUACCACUUGGACCUCCUGAUGGUGGGGUUGAUGCUGGCCGUGUGCUCCAUCAUGGGUUUGCCGUGGUUCGUUGCCGCAACCGUCUUGUCCAUCACUCACGUGAACAGUUUGAAGCUGGAGUCUGAGAGCUCAGCUCCUGGAGAGCAGCCUCGCUUUCUGGGGAUCAGAGAGCAGAGGCUCACCGGCCUGGUCAUCUUCUUGCUCAUGGGAUGCUCUGUAUUCAUGACUGGGGCCCUUCAGUUCAUUCCAAUGCCGGUGUUAUAUGGUGUCUUCCUCUACAUGGGAGCCUCAUCCUUGAAGGGCAUCCAGUUCUUUGACCGUCUGAAGUUGUUUGCGAUGCCGGCCAAGCACCAGCCGGACUUCAUCUACCUGCGUCACGUGCCCUUGAGGAAGGUUCAUCUGUUCACACUCACCCAGCUGACCUGUCUCGUGCUUCUCUGGGUCAUUAAGACCUCCCCCGCUGCUAUCGUCUUCCCCAUGAUGGUUCUGGCUCUGGUAUUCAUCCGCAAACUGUUGGACCUGUGUUUCUCCAAUCGGGAGCUCAGCUACCUAGAUGAUCUCAUGCCGGAAUGGAAGAAAAAAACCCUUGAUGAUGCUUCCAAAAAGAUUGAGGAGGAGUCACAGGUUAUGCUCACUACAAAAAGUGAAGAUGCUCCAGUUGUGCACAUUCCACUGGAGAGCAGUAAACCAGUGCAUACUGCAAAGGCCCAUGACCCCAGGUGUGAUCCCUCUGAUAUUAAUAUAUCUGAUGAAAUGUCUAAAACCACCAUGUGGAAAUCUCUCAGCUCCAAUCAAAAGGACUCUCGUCCUGUGUCUGCUAAGAAGGAUUGAAGAGAUCACCUUCAUUGAUGAGUAAAAAUUCCUACAGUGCAGGUAACUGUGCCAGAUAACUGUGCACCUGGACCCCAGGAUGUGAUUUGGCUGUUUGGGACCUCCACGCCAUCCGAGUGAUUUGGGGAAGUUUCUGUAAUUACAACCACACAACACUUAGGAGUACAGGACAGCAACAUGUGCACACACACUCCAACGCACACAUACAAACACAGCCAGGCAGAUAGGAUUAGUUGUAAUGCAGCCUAAUAGCAAGAAGAUUUGGAGUGGGACAGAGGCUUCCCACUAACCAUUAACAUGAAAGUCAAUGGGAACCCUAAAUUGCACAACUUUAUAACUGCAUUUCCAUAAAACAGAACCAUAUUAAUUGAAAUUACUUCUCAUUGAAAUGUAGUAUGACAGGUUAGAAUUAAUUAGCAUAAGAUUGAAUCCCCUUCAAUGUUGAUAGCGAAACGAUGAAGGGCAUUCAGUAGAGAGCAGACUUGUACCAGGGGCAAACAAUUCCAAUGUGGAUCCUGGAUUUGUCAUUCUGAUUCAUGAUUUAUUGACUGACAAUAAAAAAUAAAAAAAAAACACAUUUUAAAAUUGUUUUUAAAAAGUGGGAAAGCAAUGAUUUGUCUGCACCUUUAUCUGGAUGUAAAAUCUAACUGGGUCUUCCUUGGCCCUUGUGUCACCUCUAACUCACUUUCAGGGAAAUUGGUAGUUUUAGCCUGAUCCUGCUAACCUGGAAAAUAAACAGUGAUGAAGCCAUGAGGAAAACCACAAACAAUGACCAGUAUAGACUACACGAAAUGAUUGUUUAGUGUCGGAAUCAGCACUUUGCUUUUCUGCGUUCAAAUAUUAAUUUGAAUCUCGUGUUAAUAUGAAUAUAUUUUAUUUUGAUGCACCUUUUAUGUUAUUUGUAUAAUGUAAAUACAAAGUGUGUUUAUAUCUAAAUGUUUAUUUACAUGUAUUGCCAUUGUUGAAGGAUCAAAUGCAGUUUGGAAGAGAACGUUGGGUCUUCACUGAGAGAUUUUCACACUUAUCAAAAACAGAAGAUUUAAGUAUACACAAAUUAAAUGAAUAAAAUUUUACAAAAGUUAAGCACAGCAAUACUUUCACAAGUUGUCUCAUUUCCAGCUUCGUGUAUGAGUGGACUCUCAAAUAUUGUACACCAGUCCAACAGGAGUCCACUCAUGCAACACGGCCACACUCCACAAAAUGAAAUAUGUAUGUAUUUUGUUUUGUUUGAUGUAUUUCAAAGCUUUGUGGGUCAGAGGAUUCCAGUUAGGAUAUAUUGUUUGAAUAGAAAUCGUUUCCAUUUUUAGUAGUAGAAUAAAAAUGAAAAUAUAAUUACUGUGCAUCACUUUAACCCUUGAUGGCUCAAACCGCUGGGCAAUUUAGCUAAUCAUGUACUGUAUGUGCGCUUGUUGGUAAUCAUUCCCUGGAUUGAGUGCACAACGUGUACUUGUGUCAGUUUUGUGUCGUGAUAUUAUGGUGGCCGACAGGAGCAAAUGCGCUGCAAAUGACCAUAUGCUGCAAAUGCAGGAAUGACACAAAACAAAAAGCCCACAAGCACAUAAAAUAAAAGCAAAAGAAAAAUGCUGCAAGUCACAGAAAACAACUGCGAAGAAAAAAUGCUGCUAGAAAGAAAUGCUGCAAUCACAAAAAACAACAGCAAAUGAAAAUUGCUGCAAGAUAAAAAUGUAAUGGAAAAAUUCUGCAAACACAAAAAAAAACACAAACCCCAAAACAACUGCGAGAGAAAUGCUGCACAUUCAUGCUACACAACGGAAGUCUGCCAGGCCACUAGGGGGUGCAACCUCCGGGAAGGACCAGUCCUGUGAGAAUAGAGGGUGCCUUUCAUAGACACGUGAUACGCCAGUGCCCCGUAGCAGCCCGAUUAACCGACGUGGCGGCCAUGUUGGUGAAGUCGUCGUUCCCAUGGAAGGCAAUGCAUGGACUGAAAUUAGUCGUAACCCGCUCAUUCCGCAACUGAUUUUAUGAGGUUUUACUGUUUUGUCAACAUCAAAGCGUAUGCUAUCAAUACGCAACAUUUGAUAAAAAGCACACACACACACAAAUUAUAUGUGAAAUGGACUUCCCGUUCCCUUUUGGUAAUUGUAUGGCAUUCAACCGUAUGCAGCACCACGUGGAAUCCGCUGACAACUUUGACCUCUUUAGUUUAGCGUCACUGUCUUCGUGGAGCUCAAAAUGGGCGCGUCGUAUGUACCUAUACAUACCUGUGGUGCCUAUGGUCUCACAGGACUGGUCCGUCCCGGAGGCCGCGCCCACUAGUGGCCUGGCGGACUUCCUUUGUGUGGCUUAAACUUGCAGGAUUUCUCUCUUGCAGUUGUUUUGGGAUUUGUGUGUGUUUAGUUGUGUUUGCAGCAAUUUUCUUUUGCAGCUGUUUUCUCUGAUUGAAGCAUUUUUUAAUCUUGCAUCAUUUUUCGUUUGCUGUUGUUUUAUGUGCUUGUGUGUUUUUCAUCUUGCGUCGUUCCUGCUAUGAAACAUAUGGUCGUUUUCAGUGCAUUUUCCCGUCGGCCACCGUAUGCAAUAGGCUUUUAAAUAAAUGUAAAUAUUAGAGGAUCUAGAUCAGUGGAAACAGCCAAAAGUAUAGCAUCUUAUUUCUUUACCUCAGACAAGCUUGUUAAAACUCCUGAACUUUGGGUGGUUGAUGUGUUGGCGCCUUUGAGUUAUAGAGCCGUAAUUUUCUAAUAUUUGCUUUAUUUUGAAGGGGUUGGGGCGGGUUGAACAUUAUUUGAGCAAUAAUUUACCCAAAGUCUAUUUCAAUUGAACUGUAAGGAGCUUAAUAAUACAUCUUUGUUAAUCAGGGAUCCUUUGUGUCAUGUAGACCUUGAUGAAACUUCAGUGCUAGUGAAAUAAAUAAAUAUGUUCUGAAAUAACUCCACAUUUGCACAGUGGCGCAUUUUCAUCCAUCACACUAAUUCUACAGUCACAUACAGAUCUUCAUUCAAGGAUCAGUUCAUAGUUGAUCCACACUCAGACUUAAAGCAUACUUUAUUUGUAGUAGCACUUUAUGAGGAUAAGUAUAUUUAUAACGUUCGUUUUACUUUCAAGAGAUCUGUUAAACAAAAUGACCUUGUAAUAAUUGACAAAAAACAUUUUCGAUAAUGAUAUUCCAUCCAUCCAUCCAUCCAUCCAUUUUCUGAGCCGCUUCUCCUCACGAGGGUCGCGGGCGUGCUGGAGCCUAUCCCAGCUGUCUUCGGGCAGGAGGCGGGGUACACCCUGAACUGGUUGCCAGCCAAUCGCAGGGCACAUACAAACAAACAACCAUUCACACUCACAGUCAUGCCUACGGGCAAUUUAGAGUCUCCAAUUAAUGCAUGUUUUUGGGAUGUGGGAGGAAACCGGAGUGCCCGUAGAAAACCCACGCAGGCACGGAGAGAACAUGCAAACUCCACACAGGCGGGGCCGGGGAUUGAACCCGGUUCCUCAGAACUGUGAGGCUGACGCUCUAACCAGUUUUUCACCGUGCCACCAAUGAUAUUCCAACCUGUUUUAUUUUUUACUUUCUGUAUAUAGCGUAAGAAGGUCGGUGGCUUAAUAGAAAAGUUGACAAGAGGCAUUUCUUUACCUCUAAAUGACCUUGAAUUCAUUAAACUACAAGAAGAGUAAUGUGAAAGUGGUAUAAUAAGUUAUGUGUCUUAGAAUCUGCCUUUUAUUCACCAGUAAGUAGGAAACACUAUUUGUUUUAUAGUCUUUUGCGCUGUAUAUUUAAUCUGCAUAUUUUAGAUUGCAGUGCCUAGGCACAGUAAUCUUUCGCUGUAUCAUGUUGUCAUGUUAUAACACCUUCUUGGGCUGUAUGAUAGUUUUGUCUACUCGUGUCCUGUACUUUCAAUUAUAUAUGUAAAACAUUUGAAUGUUAAUAUUCUGUAUGUAUAUGAGGACCAAUAUUUAGGCUAAUCGAUGGCAUGAUAUAAUCACACUAGUGCACAGUACAUAUACAAAGCCACGAGUGAGUUGAAAUUGAAUGACAAAUACGUAUAGAUCUAAAUAUUUUAGAAACUAUCAUACACCAAAACAAACUGUUCAGUGAUCUGCGCCAAGACCAUAUUUCUUUUACUUGUGUAUCGUGUGUCUUGAUUUGACAACAUAAUAAUCUCUAUGUGAAUGUACGGCUGAUAUGCAGCAGAAUGUUGUCAGAUGUACUCAAUGUAGGUAGUAUACAGCAGAAGAACCACCACCUCCUGUAGCAUUAUUUUUAGAGCAUCACAACCCAUGUCGCAAUUAACUGGACUGUUCUUUUUCUCUAUAUAUACAGUAAAGUUUUCAGUCAAGAAAAAGACCUGCUCGUGAUCAUGUAUAGUGAGUAAAGCUGUGCACUCUGACCCUCUGAUUAACAUGUGACCAAGCUUCAAGGUCAAGGGAAGGUCGAUGAUCAACUGUACUGCAGUUGACACAAAGCCAUAAAGAGUGAGAGCUCGCUCUACUUAAAACACUCAGAUUGUCUCAAACUCAAGUGUACAUGUUUUAUAUGUACGUAUAUGUAAUGUUGUUUUUGGGAUUAUGUAAAAAGAAAAAUAAACUAUUACACAAUA